UGUGAUGGGAACAAUGGAAAUCACUUUUCUUGUAGACCAAUAGAUGGGAAAUAUUUUAAGUUCCUGAAUCUCAAACUGGAUGUAUUUGCGAGUGGACUCAUCCUGCGAUCAUGCUUCAAGCCUGCGGACUUACUAGGUGGGAAAGUGCCUUCGUAUUUCCAACAUCGAGCUUAUGGAGAUUCCCUAACAGUCACUUUACCUCAGAGUUCUCUUUCUCAAGUAUUCUUCCGAUUUAAGGCUUGCGUCGUGGUUGUAGCCGAGGGCAAUGAUUGGUAUCCAUACUUGGAGGUAAAUGUUGGGUUCAAUGGCACACAGUAUUGGCACUCAUUUUUUGAAGAUGCAAAACCGAAGUUGUGUAAGACGGAUCAUCUGUUUUCGUGUUCCUUCAAGUUCCAGCCUACAGAUCGUCCAUCUAAAUUAGCUUUCAACGAUGUAAAGUUUAAGUUUUCUUCCUCCACGAGGAUAUAAGAAUGCGGUGUACGACUCUUGAAUGUGUUUCCAUCUCGAGAUGAUAGUGAUGGAAGCUCUGAAACAGACUAUAUGGCUUUGGGAGCAUCUGAAGAAUGUAUCAACUUACCCUGUGGCCAUAUUGUAGCGAACACAGGAUUAGACGCUCUAAAUCUGGAGCUUUCGUUACGGCAGGGAGACGCAUCAUCAGUUUCCCUGGAGGGGGAAGCUUUUUAUGUUGAUUCCGUGAUAACUGAGCAACAAGAUGCAGUUAUUCCCAUCUUGCAUAACUUGUUUUACCAUUCUGUUGCUAUAUGGAGAGAUUUCAGAGAACCAAAAUCUUAAUUCUCCAACUCUGGAGCCUGAAAGUGUUUGUAGUUUCGUCUUUAGCUGAAUGCAGAAUCACUAUGUGUUUGCUUUGUAAAUUUCGUUAUUCGUGAAAGAAUAUAUGUCUCAAAAAGCCACACUUUAGCAUAUCUUUGGCAUGCUUUUUGUAUUGUACCAUACAUCUAUCUAUUUUAAAACGAAAAGGACAUUGAAUUU